AUGGCUGAGAAAGUCAGUAAUGCGUGGGCAGAUUUUGUAUUCUUAGGUAUGGAUGGCUGGUAUUGGUGCUUUAUAAAAUAUUUUGCCUCGCUUGCUGAACCCCUCAAACGUCUGUUGCGGAAAAAUGACCGUUGGAAUUGGUUGGAGGAACAAGAAACGGCGUUUGAAGCGAUUAAAAAUGCACUCUCGUCGGCUCCAAUUUUGGCAUGUUCGAAUUUUGAACUCUCCUUUGUGUUACAAAUUAACGCUAUCAGUUUUGGCUCAGGUGUGCUUCUGACACAAGUAAUUGAGGGGGAGGAACGAGAGAUUGUUUUCGCAAGCCGUACGUUAUGGGAUGUCAACGUCGGUAUUCGACUACGGAACAGGAAUGUCUGGCAGUAG